UUGUGAUGACUUUCGAAUCGCGCUGAAAGAGACGUUCAGUUUUAUAAACAAAUUUCAUAGCACGACUCGGUAUAAUUGUCUAUGAAAUUUAUUGAAUUAUGAAAAAUUGUUAUAAUCUAAUAAAUAAAUAGUGAAAUUGCUUUUUAGUAUUUUAUAUAAGAGUUGAUUAAAACUCUACAUAAAUUAAUUGAGUGGAAUUAUUUCAUGGAAUUUUAGCAGUCUUAAAAACCUACGAGUGCUUUUAAGCAAUAAGUAUAUACUUGAUAAACUAUUAGAUAAAAGUUCAUCGGGUCAAUUCCAUUGAGAAUACGAAGAAAUUUUUAAUAAAAUGCAAGUAAAAAAAUACAUUUUUCUCCUAAUUGUAGCAUCCAUUAAAGUGAAUUGUUCAGAUCCUGAAGAAGAACAAGGAGUGAAAUAUGCAAACAAAUGUGAAGUUUGUAAGAUAUUAGCUAUAGAACUAGAAUCCAGGUUAGAGGAAACUGGUAAAACCAGUGAGGUUAUAGAAACAGGAUAUUCUGUAGAUGAUGUAAAACCGAAAAAGAAAAAGGAGUACAAGAAAUCAGAGCUCAGACUUGUAGAAUCCUUAGAAGGCGUUUGCGAUAGAAUAUUGGAAUACAAUAUACAUAAGGAACGAGAAGAUAGUACAAGAUUUGCAAAAGGUAUGAGCCAAACAUUUCAAACUUUACACGGAUUGGUAGAUAAAGGUGUCAAAGUCGAGCUUGGAAUACCUUAUGAACUUUGGGAUAAACCUAGUGCGGAAAUAACCAAAUUAAAGACCCAGUGUGAAACCCUACUAGAAGAAAACGAGAGCGAUAUCGAAGACUGGUAUUUCAACUAUCAAGGAAAAGAAUCAUUAAAAAAAUUUUUAUGUGCAGACAGAGCGCUCAAAAAUCAAGACUCCAAAUGUUUAACAGAGAAUUUGAAAGGUGAACCAAGUGAAAAAAAGAAACCAAAGAAAAAAGUAACUAUAGAAGAAAAUAAGGAAGAAUUGUAACAUUAUUGUCUUUUUU